AUGCUUUCCGGUACGAUGUGGUGGGGUUUGGUGUUGAGUAUGGCAGGGUCUGCUGCUUCGAUGGGCAUUUCGUCGCCGUUUCGUCGUGACUUGAAGCUUAUGGCUCAGAUGGGGAUCAGUCCUGAUGUUAUUUUGAGUAAGAAGGAGUCUGUGCAUACCCUGGUGGCGCGCAACUCUGAUGAGAUCAAGGAGGAAUAUAUUAUGAUGCCAAUUGAUCAUACCAACUCAUCUGUCGGCAUAUACAAGAAUCGGUACUGGGUGCAGGAAGAAUAUUACCAGCAAGGUGGCCCUGUCUUCAUCUAUGAUGUGGGCGAGUCUACCGCGGAGAGUGCUGCGAAGGUACAGCUGGGGAAUUCGACUUCGAUGUUUGUGGAAAUGCUGGCAGAAAAUGGUGCGAUGGGCAUUGUCUGGGAGCAUCGGUAUUAUGGCAAGUCGCUUCCUUAUGAUGUUAACGUCGAUACACCGCCAGAGCACUUUGCCUACCUAAACAAUGAGCAGGCCUUGGCCGACAUUCCAUUCUUUGCACAGAACUUCACGCGGGAGAACUAUAAUGAAACUGACUUGACCCCAUCUGGCUCGCCUUGGGUCAUGGUUGGAGGUUCCUAUUCUGGAAUGCGCUCGGCGUUCAGUCGAAAUAAGUAUCCCGACACGAUUUUUGCUUCGUUCGCUUCUUCAGCUCCAGUCGAGGCGCGCAUUGACAUGAGUGUGUACUUCGAUCAAGUCUAUGAUGCUAUGGUCGCCAACGGAUACUUGAACUGUACGCGGGAUAUCAAAGCUGCCAUGGAAUACGUCGACGCGGAGCUUGACAAGAACGCCGAAUCUGCCGCAGCUAUCAAGAAAUUAUUUUUCGGCGCUGGCGCUGAAGACAACAACAAUGGGGAUUUCACAACUGGAGUUGGUGGAAUUUUCGGUUUCUUCCAGUCAUACGGCUUUGGCGGCGGAGAAGGCAGCCUCGCAUCCUUCUGCGAACAUCUCGAGACGGACCCGCACACUGGAACGGUUGCGGGACCUCAUGGCUUCGCACCCUACCUUGGCAACGAGUACGUGGCCAAACGAUUCGCCUCCUUUCCAGCCUUCAUCGAAUUGGUCAAUUUCAACUACUACACCAAUUGCGGCGGUCUCGACGAAACCCAGCCUGUAUCCUGUGUGCUGAACCCCAAAGCUACCGACCCGGACGUCAUCAGCUGGACAUGGCAAUUCUGCACAGAAUGGGGUUAUUUCCAAACGAAUAACAUUGGCUCUCACUCUCUCCUCUCCAAGUAUCAGUCCCUGGAAUAUGUUCAGUACACCUGCAACCGCCAGUUCCCAGAUGCCGUUGCAGCAGGAAUCCUCCCAAAACAUCCCCUGACUGAAGAAACAAACGAACAGACCGGAGGCUGGACGAUCCGCCCGUCAAACGUCUAUUGGAGCGGCGGGGAAUUCGAUCCAUGGCGCACACUUUCCCCCCUCGCCACGGAAAGCAUCGCUCCGCAAAAUGUCCAGUUCACCACCGAGAUCCCCAAGUGCAAUGUGGAGACAGACGAGGACACGGUUUUCGGUUACAUCAUGCCCAACGCGGAGCAUUGUUAUGACUUCUUGACCAAUUUCGCGCCCGGGAGGACCUCACGUGAAUACUUCUAUAAGGCGUUGAAAGAGUGGCUGCCCUGUUUUAAGGGAAACACGCACACGAUCACGAUCACGGACCGCGGUCAGUGA